AUGGCGACACCUGACCCGCAACUUGCGGCACGAGGCUACGGAUCUAACGAGACAUACAUCUACGAGUACUCGAGAGGACUGGGAGGUGUCGAUGUCCCACGCGAUGUGAUCAUCACUCGCAUCAUCUACUCUUCGGUGAUCAUUCUCGCGUUCUGUGUGUUCUGUGGCCGCAUUGCCCAGAUAAGCCAUGCAUAUCUCCGCCACAUCACUUCAUGUGCUGCAAACAGUCGACAGCAGACGUUCUGGCAUCGGGAGACGUCAUCGUUGUGGACCAACAUGAAGAAGCAUAUCCUGUAUUCCCCAUUGGGGAAGAAGAGGCAUAAUCGAGAAAUUCAACUCUCCUCGGCGGUUGGCAUCGGCACGUUACCCUCUCGCUUCCACACCAUCUUGAUCGCUUUGUACUUUGCAAGUCAAGUGGUGUACUGUCUUUACCUCGACUAUGCUGUCAACAAGAAAGCUGCACUAAUUUCGGAGCUGCGCGGGCGCUCGGGGACGCUGGCCGUCUUGAAUAUGGUGCCACUGUUUCUGCUGGCAGCGCGCAACAACCCUUUGAUCUCGAUUCUGCAUAUCAGUUUUGAUACUUAUAACCUUCUCCACCGGUGGCUGGGCCGCAUCAUUGUGCUCGAAUCUGUCGUUCAUACUGCCGCCUGGGCAGUCAACGCAGUUGAUGAGCAGGAUAUUGGAGAUAUGUUGUCACGCCUACGAGACACACCCUUCUUCACUUGGGGAUUGGUAGGUACAGUGGCCAUGGUUUUCCUCGUUCUACACUCUCCCUCGCCAAUCCGUCAUGCAUUCUACGAGACGUUCUUACACCUACAUCAACUCGCUGCGCUUCUCGCCUUCCUCGGUGUAUGGUUCCACCUUAAACUGGAUAGCCUCCCACAGCGCACCUGGGCCAGCGGUAUCGCCGUCAUCUGGCUCCUCGAGCGAAGCACACGCCUUGUCCGCCUCGCAUAUCUCAACCUCUCCACCAAGCACGGCUCAACACGUAUGACCGUCCAAGCCCUACCAGGAGAAGCAUGCCGGGUAACCUUCCACCUGCCGAAAAGUGUACGCAUCUCGCCCGGCUGCCACGUCUACGUCUACAUCCCCUGCGUCUCAUGGUGGAUGUCCCACCCAUUCUCCAUCGCCUGGACCGAUGCCAGCACUCCCAACCCGCACUCCCCGCGCUACCACGACUCCAAAUCCACCGACUCAGUCCCCAGCCCAUCCUCGCUAGAAAAACAAUCCCAAGAUCUAGACACCUAUUUCGAACCCACCCACCGCCCAACAGAAGUCUCCCUCAUCAUCAGCGCCCGCCAAGGCAUGACCCGCCGCCUCUACAACCUCGCCCGCAGCAAACCAGACAAAAUUCUCCGCGCACCAGGCUUCAUCGAAGGCCCCUACGGCUCCCGCCCCGCCAACGCAUCCAGCUACGGCACAGCCGUGCUCUUCUCCGCCGGCGCCGGAAUAACUCACCACCUCAUGUACACCCGGGACCUCGUCGAACGCGCCGCCACGUCCCGCGCCGCAACCCGCCGCGUCUACCUCAUCUGGUCCGUCCGCUCCACAGACCACCUCGCCUGGGUCGGCCAAUGGAUGGACCAGAUCCUCCGAUUACCUGGCCGACGCGAGAUCCUCAUCGUAAAGGUAUUCGUCUCCAAGCCCCGGCGUGCAGCAGAUAUAGUUUCCCCUUCUGCGACGGUACAGAUGCAUUCUGGUCGGUGUCGACCGGAUGUUGUUCUUGAUGAACUUAUGCCGACAAGUGUCGGCGCAACGCUGGUGUCUGUUUGUGGGCCUGGUGCGUUUGCGGAUGAGGUUAGGGCUGCGGCGAGGGGGAGGAUUGGGAAGGGGGCUGUGGUGGAUUUUGUGGAGGAGGCUUUUACUUGGUAG